AUGGAAGCUGCAAAAUCCACAUACUACCAAGGUUGGCUUCAGAAGAUGAAUGAGUUAAAGUUGGUAGAUCCUAAUGCCUGGACAUGGUUAAUGGGUGUUCCUCCAAAGGCCUGGUGUAAUCAUGCUUUCAUCCAUCAAGCUAUUUUGAGUGUUAGAGACAAACCUAUUUUGACAAUGUGUGAGUGGAUUAGGAAGUAUUUGAUGAAUAGGUGUUCUGCCUCAUCCAUCAAGCUGAAAAAAUGGCCUCAUAAAGUAAUGCCAAUUCCUAGGAAAAGGCUUGGUAAAGAGGUCAUGCUUAGUGGGCAUUGGUUGCCCACUUGGGCAAUGGAUGAGACUUUUGAGGAGCUGGUUGGUAUCCCUUGUAGACAUGAUAUUGCUGCUCUAGGUUUCAGACAACAAAAUCCAGAAGAUUUUGUAGACCAUUGUUACCACAGGGACAAGUAUGCCAUAUGUUAUAGUUUUGCUAUAAGUCCAAUAAAUGGUGAAGAAAUAUGGCCUGAAGUACAAUCUGAUCCAGUAAUGCCCCCUAUGUACAAGAGAGGUCCUGGCAGGCCUAAAAAAUUAAGGAUUAGAGAGUAUGGAGAAGAUGGUGCAAGGAGGAGGAGAUUGCCAGGUGUGUCUUAUAGGUGUACUAAAUGUGACAAGUUUGGUCACAAUGCUCAAACUUGCAAAAGCACAACUCAAGAUCCCAAUGCACUAAAGAGAAAGAGGAAAGUGAAAGUGGAAGUUCAAUCUGGUACAACUCAGGAAAUUACACAAACUGAAGUUCAAACUCAAGGGCUAGGUGAAGGGCAAGCUGAAGGGCAAUUGAUAGGGCAAGCUGAAGAGCAAGCUGAUGGGCAAGCUGAAGGGCAAGGUGAUGGGCAAGGUGAAGGGCAAGGUGAAGGGCAAACUAACAUGCACAAGACCCUGCAGAGAAUGGAUCAACACAAAAAAGGUAAGAAGCAUAUCAAAAUGAGGACAAGUGAAAGACAGAAAUUGUUCUGGUUUAAGAAACCAAUCAUAGGGCCAGGUGCUAAUCCAGAUCAACCAUUGUCUUUAACUGAUGAAGAGAAUGAUGGUGACUCAAAGCGUGGAAAGAAUAAAUUAAAGAAGAAGUUUUAA